AUGUAUAGCUCAAACUUUUUACACAAUGACAUCAUUUCCAGAUAUGAGCAUGUCAAUGAGAAAAAACUGAGUGAACAUCUUAUAGAGAUGGCUGCGCUAGGGAAAGUGAAAGCUAGGCACAAACAGGUUUUCGCAAAAUGUCUCAUACGAAUCCCCGAAGGUGCUCCACCGACUCAAAACUACCAUCGAGGAGGUGGCGACACCGCAAUCAUUGCUAUACAUUAUGUGCUCAAAUUUACAGCUCUUCCAGGUAAGGAGUAAUU